GUCUCAAUCGCCACCAACUACUGAAUGAUGCACUCAGCCUUGCUUCGCAACUUAUAGUUUUAUAAUACAAUUUCUCUCUGCUGUAUAUAUCUCAGCAAGAACACAUCUGUUCUGGUACCAAGAAAUCUAUUUGGGGUGGAAACAUGAAAAUGAUUCAAAUUUUGUUUCUCUGCUUGUUAUUUAGCAUUGUCUCCACGAGUUUUGGGCUCGACAGGACCGACUUUCCUCCGAAUUUCAUGUUUGGAACUGCUUCCUCUGCCUAUCAGUAUGAAGGUGCUUGGAGAGAAGGAGGUAAAGGUCUCAGCAAUUGGGAUGCCUUCACACAUUUACCAGGAAGUAUAGAAGAUGGAAGCAAUGGAGACGUAGCGGAUGAUCAAUAUCACAAAUAUCUGGAAGAUAUUGAACUCAUGGCAUCACUUGGGCUAGACGUAUAUAGAUUCUCCAUAUCCUGGUCCCGAAUCCUCCCAGACGGUAAAGGUAAAAUCAACAAGGCUGGCAUUGAGUAUUACAAUAAUUUUAUCAAUGCUCUUCUUCGAAAUGGUAUCCAAGCUUUCGUUACAUUAUUCCACUUCGACCUUCCAAAAGCACUUCAAGACUCCUACGGCGGGUGGCUCAGUCCACAGAUAAUAAUGGACUUCGAAGCCUACGCAGAUAUUUGUUUCAGAGCCUUUGGUGACCGGGUUAAGUACUGGGCUACAAUAAACGAGCCAAAUAUGUUUGUUCCAUUGGGUUACACCGUUGGAGUAUAUCCUCCCGCAAGGUGUUCUGCACCUUUGGGAAAGUGUGCUUCUGGGAAUUCCAUGUCUGAGCCAUAUGUUGCUGCACACCAUGUUCUGCUCGCCCAUGCAGCUGCGGUGAACACAUAUCGGACAAAAUAUCAGAAAAUUCAAGGAGGAUCUAUUGGAUUGGUGAUGAGCGCAACAUGGUAUGAACCCUUGAAAGACACUCUUGAUGACAGAGCAGCUGUCGACAGAAUUCUAGCAUUCAAUAUCCGAUGGUUUCUGGAUCCAGUUGUUCUGGGGAAUUAUCCAAGUGAAAUGCGUGAACGAUUGGGAUCGCGCCUACCAACUUUUAAUACAGAAAUGUUAAAGAAGCUUGCAGGAUCAUUCGAUUUUAUCGGCAUAAACCAGUACACAACCUUGUAUGCAAGCAGUAGCCCUUCUCAUUCCCUCGAUUUCAGUACACUUGCUUAUCCGGACUCCAUGGCUUACUUGACCGGUGAAAGACAAGGAAUUCCCAUUGGAGAACCAACAGGAAUGGUCGGUUUAUAUGUUGUGCCUCGGGGAAUUCAGAAGAUGGUGGAAUAUAUAACACAAAUCUACAACAAGCCUCCUAUUAUCAUCACUGAAAAUGGCUAUGCAGAAUCAAAGGAUUCUUCAGCGACAUUACAAGAAGCUUUGGAAGACGUGACGAGAAUAAAUUUUCACAUUGAUUACUUGACUUACUUGGGAAAAGCAAUCAGGAAUGGAUCGGAUGUGCGUGGAUACUUCAUUUGGUCUCUUCUAGACAAUUUCGAGUGGACAUUCGGAUACACAUUGAGAUUUGGGUUAUAUUACGUGGAUAAUCAUUCUCAGAACAGAUACCCGAAGCUAUCAGGUCAGUGGGUAAAGCAAUUUCUUACCACAGUUCAACCACAACUAUAUUCUCCAGCCGUAAAUUCCUGAGGAAGAAAGAAGAAAAAUAGGAGCCGUGUAUAUAAAAAUAUUUGAUGAAAUGUAAUGUACUACCUAUAACUCACCUAAUCUGAAAGCUUCGUCUAGAUUAUCCAAAAACCAAAAAGACGAUAGGUAGGUAUACCUGUAAACUUCGUCAGAGAAUGUAGUAACUAAACAAUGCAGGUAGGUCAGAAAGCGGCGAAUUCCCAACAAAGUAUUGGGAAUUGCAUGGUAGUUUAGCUCUGUAUAAAAGAUUGUACAUGAAAAAACAACAAUGUCAUUUCGAUUCGGCAACUACAGUGACAUGUUGAGUUAUUGUCACGAAAUAAAUCGUACGUUGUGAAAUAUAUUUUAUAUUGUAGUUUACAUUAAAUCAAAUGUUAUAAAUUAUAGAUGAUAAAUGGAAGAGAGAUAAGAAGUGCUUAGUUAUUUUA